AGAGACGGGCAAUGCGGCGGGGACAAAUAGCCGGUACUAAAACUCCCGCUAGACCCUAAACAGCAACUGAGCUGGACCCCGAAAUGACAGUCCCGCCGCUAUUGUUCGUAUCCGGGGCUCUAGUCUCAUUAUCAUCUCCAUUCUAUGCUUCAAGCUCGUAUGUCGAGUCGUCUAAUGAUGCGCCAUAUCGUGAGCGAUUGGAUAUGUUUCGGUCACAAUCAAUCAUACGAGACUCAAUUCCUCUCGUCUGUCGCCGUCUGACAACUUGACCGGGCAGAAAAAUCUAUAAAGCGCACUGGGGUUGCUCGUCUCUGCUCAUCCUUCACAUCGCAUUCUCAAUCUCUACUCAGUCGUCAAGAGCAUACCUACCUCUAUCACCAUGCAGCUCCUUUCCCUCGCCACCAUGGCCGUCCUCGCUGGCGUUGCCGCUGCCAAGAGAAACGUUUACAUGUGCCCUGGACCCAACUGGACGGGCCCCUGCACUCUGUUCGGCUUCGACAAUGGCGAGUGCAUGGACAUCAGCUUCUGGGAUACCCUGGGCUCGAUCGGUCCGGAUGAGGGCCUGGUCUGCUCCAUGUUCGUCGAGCCGGGCAACUGCUACAUGACGACGGGCAACUUCAACUCGGGCGGCUUCGUGAGCCCCGGCAUUGCCGACUUGACGACCUGGCAGAUGGGCAGCGGCGAGAAGUGGCCGGGAUACUGGUUCAGCAACGCCAAGACUGUUCAGUGCUUGUACCAGUAGUCAGCUGGAGUUAUCUUCUCAUUGUCUUUUACUUAGCGUGCACAAGAUUGAAAUGCAUUCAUUACCAUUACCGUUUUGGGAAAAUGGAUCUCUGCUCGGAUGGGGCGGUGAGCCCCUCCGGCUUGGCG